CUCGGAGAGGAGAUCAGUGCAGCCUCUCCCAUACAAAUUCCAUAUCUCUAUAUAGCAGUGUAAUCUGGAGGAAGGAUUGUGAUUGUGCAGCUGCAGAAGUGAUUGGAUACUGCAGGCAUGUGACUCGUACAAUGUAUCGUUGGUGAGUUUAUCCGCUUUCUAAUGCAUAGCUGGGAUAACAGGAAGUUCAUGGAGUCUGAGGUAACUUCAACCAUGUUAUCACUCUGUUUGACCAACGAGUGAAUGGAACCAACCAGAAAUAAGCCAUGGAUCAUUUACAACAGAAAAGCAAAGAGCAAGGAUGCAACUCUGUUGGAAAUCUUAAGAAGACGUGGCAAACCUGGGCAAAGGAACAUGAGGUUUAUCAGAAACAAAACCCUUUUAGCAAUGACAUACGGCCUGGCGCUGCCCAUUUAGACACGCAACAUCCAGACUACGGCAAGCCAAAAGCUGGUUCCCGAACAGAGCAGAGGGGCAAGGAUGCUCACAGACAUGUAGGAAAAGAAGUGGAGGACCUGUGUCUUGUCAUGAGAACAAUUGGAGUGAAAGGAGAUGAUGGACUAACUAGGGUCACAUUUGGGAGGUUGUUUGAAGCUUAUGUGACUAUAUCCAACAAGCUUGUGGGUGUUUUACUGAGGGCCAGAAAGCAUGGGCUACUGCAGUUUGAGGGAGAGAUGCUGUGGCAAGGACGGGAUGACCAGGUUGUUAUAACUUUGCUAGAGUGAUGCUUAUUUUAUUGUCAACCAAUUUUAACUGCGCAACUGGCUGAAUUCCAAAGUGGUAGAUUAGCACCUGGUGCUGGGAGCCUUGUAUGGGUUUGGCACCCUGAAUUACUAUAAGCUGGUAGAACUCUCUGAAGAAGUUUCUGGACGCUAAAAAGCUUCUGAUUGAAGACCUGGUAGCUCUUACACACCAUUAAUGCAUGGUCAUUCCCUUAGCACCUCAUCAUAUGCACUACACAACAGGAUCUUGAAGCUUACACACAUCUGGAAGUUAAUAUCUCCCAGCAAAUUCAGGAUUGUUCUAUUUCAGAAAAAAGAGUAAACAUGUGCUAGAAAACA